UGGUUGUGAAUGAGUGGGUAGUAAAGGACUGUUGCUGAGUGCGGUCAUCCAAUCCUGGUUUGCGGGCAUCUUGCGUUCUUCAGACUCCCAUCCCACUUUUACUCAUAAAAGAAUCCUGGCUGGCAGGCCAGGCAGUGGCUAAUUAGUUAGCUACUAUUCGACAGCAGGCUUAACCAGGUCAAUCCGGCCUGUGGAUACUUCAACAUUUCUCCAUUUUCUACCCACACAGACUAACGCGGCGAGCAAACACAUGCUCUAGAUCGCACACAUUUGCGCGUCUUUAGUGCAGUUUGCAUUGCAUUCGGAUAGUUUCGCUCAGCUCCGUGCUACAGAAAGCGCUUUCCAGCAGCAGGAGACACCUGGAUUUCAGCUGCAAAAAGCCAGCACCUUGGUUUUCAAAUACACUUGCAGUUUGGGAUAGCACAAGUCUCUCAAUCUGUGUGCAGAAUGGCGAGACCUUCAAGGAAUAAAAGGGUUGUUGACUAUGCACAAUUCCAGGAGUCUGACGAUGCAGAUGAGGAAUAUGGAAAAGAAUCGGAUCGGCCUGAGAAGACCGCUGUAAAACGCAGUGAAGAUUCUCGAAACAAGGACCACAAGAAGGAUUUAAGUGAUGAUGACAAUGACUAUGGGGAGGAUGAGGAAGAGGAGGAUGAUGGUGGUGACAGUGAUUUUGAUGCUAAAGAGGCCAGCAGGGGGAGACAGGCAACAGCUAAACGGAAAAGGGCUGCAGAUGACAGUGGUGAUGAUGAUGGUAAGGUUGUGAGGAAGAAGGGCCGGCAGGUGCGUCAGGCUGCCACUAAAGCGGCAUCCAAACAGAGGGAGAUUCUUCUUGGGGAUGGAGGAAGUGAGGAUGAGGAGGGAGAGGAAGAGGAGGAGGAAGAUGACAGUGACGUCUACACUGGGGAGGAUUCAGGCAGUGAUGAAGACUUCAUGGUUGAGGAUGACGAUGAUGACAGUGAUUAUGGCCGACCCAAACGGAAGAACUCAAAAGUGAGCAGGAGAAGCAAAGACAAGAAAUCCCCUAAACCCAAGAUAAAGGCUUCAGUGACCCGAGGGCCCAAGAAGAGGAGAGGAAAACGUCAGACGAAGGUGAAGAGAGUUGUGAAGAAGGCCUCGCCGAAAGCCGAAGAUGAAGAUAUCGAGAGCAACAAGGAGGAGGAAGAGGACGAGGCGCAAGAGGGAGACAGAAAGGAGUCGCCCGCCCCCAAGAAGACGCAGGAUGACGAAAGCGGCGCCGAAGGAGAGGAAAACAAUGACAACGGGGAAAAGGAGGAGGAGAAGGAGAAUGAGAAUGAGAAAGAGGAAAAGGACGAUGUUUCUGAGGAGGAAGCUCCAUCAGGCGAAGACUGAGCUCUUUCGCUUGCUGGUGAACGUGUCUGUUAUCUGUUUUUCUUAACGAGGAGCAGUAGGAUUUAAUUCCCACAAUACUCAAAGAGUGUUUUGGAUGUUUGUUAUGUCUCUCAGCUUGUAAAUACCAUAUCUCAAAAACGAAAUCUGUAAAGUAUCAUCAGACCUAUCCUAAAUCUGUACGGUUUGGCCUAAUCCCGAAAUGCGGUCUUUCAUAUGAAUAUUUAUCAAUGUUUCAAUUAUAGCUUUGCCGAAACCGUUUUGUUACAGUUGACCUUCAAUGUAUAACAAAGGACGAAGAUGAUUUGCCCCAAAAAUACAGAUUAUACUGUAGGCUCUGUAGUUUACUUUCGGGCACCUUAAAUUUUUCCUAAUGCAUUUGAAAAGAACGCAACUGCUCGUUAAUUCCCAAACCAACCGUUUUUGUGACUUUUAAUGUACAUGAUCUCAUCCCAGCUGCGUUGACCGGUGAAAAAACACAGGCUUAUAAUGAACAUAUACGCUUGUCGUCAUGAACUGCACUGGAUUGUUGUGGCUGCAGUUCAGUCACGUGAUUUUCUUGCUACAUCAACUGUACGUUACAUAGCUCUAGUACGCUACUUUCUCCCACUUUCCGUGCAGUUAUUUCUUGAUUCAGUCUAGUAAAUCAGCUUUUUUCCGUCUGAGCAUUUGAACUAAGAUGACUUUUUCUAUGGUUGUAUUGAACCUCUUUCAUGGUUGGCAUGCUUUCAUGUACGUGGUGCGAAGUACAUCGGUGGGCGGAGUCUCGGGCUCCGAUGUAAACCUUCAGGAUGAGUGAUGUCAGAAGUGAGCUAGUGAAAACCUUAUUAUUGACCUCUGUGAUGCUUCAUGUGUGCAUUUUUUUAAGAAUAUUUGACGCUUAUAGAUGCCUUUUUAAAUGAGCGCUCCGUUGAGCCAUUAGAAUGGUAAAAACGAGCUGAAUUCAGUGCACACCAUCCAUAGCUUUCUCAGCUGCAUAUGACUAUUUUUAUUGCUUGUAUCUCCAUCCUAAUCUGUAGCUUUUCAGUCUAUAUCAUAAUUUAUCCAAAAUAAAUGUUUGUUUUAAUUACGCUAUUCUGAUUUUUGUAAAAUUUGUUUUACAAGGAAAAAAUAAAAUGUAUCUUUAAAGAAA